AAACCCAGCUUCUCCCACUUCGUCUUCUACCUCCAUCUAAAUCGCUCCCAAACCUACUUCUCCUCCUCCUUCUCUUUCUAUCCCUAUCCCUAUCCGUUUCCCUAUCUCAGCUUGAAUAAAAAUGUCUCGGCUUGGCAAGGAAGACAAGGGUCUAGGAAAGGGAGGAGCUAAACGGCACCAUAAGGUCCUUCGCAAUAACAUCCAAGGCAUCACCAGGCCGGCCAUUCGUCGUUUGGCUUGCAGAGGAGGUGUGAAGCGUAUCAGCGGUCUGAUCUACGAGGAGACACGUGGCGUGCUCAAGAUCUUCUUUGAGAAUGUGAUCAGAGACGCUGUGACCUACACCGAGCACGCUCGCCGCAAGACGGUGAUGGCCAUGGAUGUGGUCUAUGCCCUGAAGAGGCAGGGCAGGACCCUUUACGAUUUCAGUGGCUAUGGUUUUCUGAUUUUUAAAGUCUUGCUGUCAAGAAAUGGGGUUGUUGGUUCAGUUUCGUUGAUAUUAAUUAGUUGAAUGAAAUGAUGGUGUUUGAUCCAUAUUGAUUCGGAUGGAGGUAGAAGACAAAGAAGGAGAAGCUGGGUUUGUUGAUUUUUUAUUUUUAUUUUUUUACAUUUAUGUUAUUUUAUCAUUUUAUUUAGGAAUUGGUUGGUUAGUACGUGGGUAUACGUCAGCUUGUAACGAUUGACCACACAGUCAACUUAACGGAAGGAUGAAAUUGGACGAUGUUGCAAAUGUAAGGCUGUAAAUUGACAAAAUUGAUACCCUGUGGUCCAUAUUGAGAACCACCCCAAACUAGCAAGGUGUCUUUUGUCGUUAGCCCAUGUUUUUUCAAUGAAAUUAUCAA